UGCGUAUUUUACGUCGCAAGAAUAAGUUACGCAGAACAUUAUCAGAGUUUCUUCAUUAUACGAUUCCUUCCAAUAAUGGCAAAAGUGCCUACGUUUAUGUGGUUGUUACUUAUAGCGGUUGCAAUAACACAGGCGAAACCACCAUAUUCGCCAAUCGACGAAUCUAUUAAUGAAAUCGAUCAUAACACGAGUUUGCAAAAGAAUCAGCUCGAAUCGAGGCAAUUGGCAGAAAAUUCUACUUUAUCGACUAACGAGACAUCAAUAACAGCUACCACGCAAAUUGAUACAACAAACUCAACAGCUGAUAUCGUGAUCGACACGACCAUACGACCUGUAUCGACGACUGUAUCUUAUGUAAAACCGGGCCCGUUCUCUUGGUUCUUAACACCAUUGACGCAAAAGCUCCAGUUCUCACCACAAUCGUUUCUACAAGAUCGCCUAACAUUAUUGAGAGAAACGUUAAACAACCUGGGCAUCAACGUGUUACCAAACGCGACAGCGAGGCAAUUACUUAAUCCCGGCGGUCUGGUGCACUUUCUAGGACCAAAUGACUCCGGUUUCUACACAAAUCGGUUAGAACCAGCCGGUUUCUUAGGCGGUAACGGCUGGUUCGCCAACAAGGGUGGCAUUCUUGGAGGACCUGGAGCCAUAGUCUCCACUGGCAGCCUCUUGACGGAUUAUCCGACUGCUUACAGACGAAAAUAGGACGCGAACUGGAAUAUCGUUUAUGAAAACGUCUAUGAACGAAGAAGACCGCGCUACGUGAAAUAUGACUUUGUGCAUAAUUUUGACAUCAUUUUGACUAAAGAAUCUGUCCUGGGAAUUUUGUCAAAUCAUUAUGAAAUGACUAAGAUAAAAAAGACCACAAUGUAUAAAAGUGAAAAUCGUCCAAUAUCAGUAGCUUUUUCAUUGUAAAUUAUCAUAAAUAAUUUGACCAAGUUUGAAGUGCAAAUUCAUGAAUU